AUGGGGAACGCCAUGGCGACCUGCUGUGGCGACGCUCGCAUCUCCGAGUCGCCGUCGGAGGCCAAGGAAGGUUUCGCCAUCGGCUCGAACAAGACCGCGAUGGUGGCCAUCGAGUACCAGAACGAGCUCUGCAGCGACGGCGGCAAGCUGCACCCAGCUUUCAAGGAGGUCAUGGCAUCCACCGGGAUGCUUGCGGACACAGCGCGGGUGGCGGACGUGGUGCGCAAGACGGGAGCCAAGGUCUUCCACACACCGGUCGUUUUGAAGGCCGAGUUCUGCAACACAUUCGAGAUGAUCGUGAUUGUCAUCGUGAAGGGCAAGAACGGCUCGGACGCCUUCAUGGGCAGCGACCUGGAGAAGCAGCUCAAGCAGCACGGCAUAGAUACUGUGGUAAUUUGCGGUCUUUUCACCAGUUGCUGUGUGGAGUCCACUAUACGCACCGCCUGCGAGAAGGGCUUCAACGUGGUCACCCUCACCAAUUGCACCGCAACAUCCAGCUCGGAUGGCCAGAAAGCGGCGGCUGACCUGAAGAUUUAG